ACGUCAACGUCCCCUGGGGGCCUGUGUUCAGUUGACACCAGAACUGCCAAUCCAACCCCCGCUUUCUCGGCGGGGCAGCGGCCCGGGUCUUAUCCUCGUGCUGCUGGCCAGCCUCGACCUUAGGCGGCACGACAAGACUGUCUUGAUCCGCCGCCUCAUCAGAAGUGGGCUGAGGAGGGAUACGGGGUAACCCGGUGUUUCGUCGACGAUGCCAUGUACAACAUGAUGGGGACGCCGCCUACUGCCAUUGCAUAGCUGGAGAAGGUGCCGGAAUGCUCGGCAAGCUUGGCCUGGUUGUGCGGCCUCCUUACACCUGCUGCUAUCGCAGCACAGUGCUAACAUGCGACCAAGCGAUACCUAGUGGAAGUGUGGCCAACAGCCGAGGAGUCCUCGACGCAAUCAGGCCCUAUCCAAGGAGUGUGGGAUCCAUCUUCUAUUGCUGUUGCCCGACAGUUGAACCUCCCGUUCCGUUCACCUGCACCCACGACCGAGUCACUGACUGGCAUGAUUCCAGAAUCACUGGCAUUCCUCCGACGUCCAAGAAGCUGAAUAUCCUGUUCACGAGCAUCGUCAACGUCCGCGGAGACCGACUGUGCCACGAGCACCUCCCCUGGGACCAUGCGGUUCCAGGGAGGAAGCCAGAGAAGGGGAAGCAGUUCGAGUAUCGAGUGCCCCGUUGCGGGCGAGGAAACAGCGAAGAAGCUGGUUGAUGAGAAUGCAUGGGCAUCCAACGGGAUGAUGGGGUUUGCCCUCCGA